GAACUCACCAGAAGCAGCAGGAGGCCGAUUGACGAUCAAUGUUUGUCUACGAGUCCAGGUGGAGGUGAUGGAGUAUAAAAAGAGUGGAGGCCUUCUGUUCGUCCUCAGACCAACCAGCCUUCAGCUUAUCUGCUCCUUCUCCUCCUCUUCGUUACAUUCACCUCAUCCAUCUCCUCCUCCUCCAGCGCUAUAAGCUCUCGUCCAGAAUGGCGGCUCUGUGGCUCCAGUCUGUCUCUCUUGUGGUCUUACUGAUCGUAUCAUGGCCGGGCUCCCAGGUUGUUGCGGCCGAACAGCACCUGUGUGGCUCUCACCUGGUCGAUGCCCUUUACCUGGUCUGUGGAGAGAGAGGCUUCUUCUACAACUCCAAGAGAGACGUCAACCCUCUGAUGGGUUUCCUCCCACCUAAAGCAGGUGGAGCUGCAGCGGCGGGCGGUGCGAACGAGGUGGCAGAGUUCGCCUUCAAGGACCAGAUGGAGAUGAUGGUGAAGCGAGGCAUCGUGGAGGAGUGCUGCCACCGACCCUGCAGCAUCCUCCACCUGCAGAACUACUGCAACUGAACGGUGCUUAGCCUGGCUCUGAUUAGUCUAGCCUGGCUUAGCAUGGCUUAGCUUCUUGGCUAACUUAGCCUGAACCCCGCCAUUCCCCCCUUCACCCAGAAGCGCGGCAGCGCUGUCCUCUUUCUGUAAAACCAACUGCUGUCAAAUUAAGUAUUGAGAAAAUGGAUGAAAUUAUUUUUCCUAGAAAAUAAAGUUUUGUGAAU